CCAAAAUGGCCGCAACAGCGAAGGUUAUCAAUUUUUAAAAUUCAGCCUCCAUGCCGUAUACUGUGCAGGGCAAACCUCUUUUGCUAAAUAGACUUUUUCUGACCUUAAUCUUCCGAGUGCUCUAAGAGAAGGUUAACCAUAAAUCAGAGGAGGAAAGGGGGGAAGUGUCCUCUCUAGCCUAAGUUAUUGUUGGUCGGACUAAACCAAAGCGGAAAACGGGGGUGUACGGGAAGACAUUUACUUCCGGACAGGUCUUCUGGGGAGCGGCGGAGUGCAAGAGACAGUUUUAAAGAGACAGGCUGACAUUUUACUUUCUGAACCUGAAGACUAGUUGACGGUUGCAGAAACCGGAAAAAGCUGGUGCAUUGUGCAAAAGAAAAGAACUGGGAGUCUUCAGUCCCUUGUGAGGACAGCGGGCAAGAUUUGCAGGGAGGCUCCGGUCACCACAGAGGAACAACUCACAACAAGAUGACGCAAGAAAACAUUUUCCUCUUCGUCCCCAACAUCAUUGGUUACGCCCGUAUAAUAUUUGCUUUUAUUGCUUUCUAUUUUAUGCCAACCUACCAUGUGGCAGCCUCAUUUUUUUACCUGCUUAGUGGUUUCCUUGAUGCCUUUGAUGGCUAUGCAGCUCGGGCCCUAAACCAAGGCACCCGCUUCGGCGCCAUGCUGGACAUGUUGACUGACCGCUGUGCCACCAUGUGCCUGUUGGUGAACCUGGCUAUGCUCUAUCCUGAAUCUGCCCUCUUGUUCCAACUCAGCAUGAGCCUUGAUGUUGCCUCCCAUUGGCUCCAUCUCCACAGCACAGUGGUGAAAGGUGGAGAGAGCCACAAGAGCAUCGAUUUAUCAGGCAACCGGAUCCUGCGGGUCUAUUACAGCUCUCGGGCUGUCCUCUUCAUUAUGUGUGCUGGUAACGAGCUCUUUUACUGUAUGCUGUAUUUGCUGUGUUUUGGUGAAGGCCCAGAAAUCCUACCAGGGCAGGUCGGUCUCUACCACCUUAUACUUUGGGUUUCUGCCCCCAUCGCCAUCACCAAGAGUCUCAUCAGCCUAGUCCACUUGGUCUGUGCCUCGUGCAAUAUGGCAGCUUUGGAUGCUGCUGAACGUGUAAAGAGGGAGUAGCGUUUAAAGGCUGUGACGGGGAGGGGCAGGAGCAUCACUUCCCCUUCUCGCUUCCAGCGGGGACCAACUACCAGCCCUCACCAUGAUGGGAUUAGCCACUCCCACUUGUGCAGUUCUUGCUUGAUGUGAUGACUCCACCUUCCCAUGAAUGUACAGGAUGAUGGGAUUGGUUAAGUCCUGUUCCUCCUGGCUUCCUCCUUCAUUCCCAUGAUUCUUUGCACUUAGGAGAAAAUUGGCUGGUAGGGAGGAUUUACCUCACACGUAGACUGAAAGGGAGGUGUUGGAUUGACUGUUUUGAAGGCAAAUAGACGAUCAUUUGGGGUUUUUAUAGUUCUGUGCCUCCUAACUGUUGCUGUAUAUCUGGUUGCAGGGGAAUGACAUUCAGCCAUGAUAAAAGCCCUGUUCUAACUUCUUGUUUUCCAAAACUUCACAGGGGUCUUGCUUUUGAUUGGGAGGGUAUAUCCUUCCCAGAAUUCUCAAGUGUAUCUGGGCUCUGUGAGGGGGUGAAUCAGCCAUUUGGAAGCCAUUUAGUUUGGACUGUGCUAAAAAUAUAUAUAUUUGAAAAUGAAUAUCCUGUCUUUAGGAAAGAAGCACUAUUAAGGCUUAAGGUCUCAUGGUCCAUAUCCUCCUGUGUGCAGUAUUAUCCCCCUUGGAAUUCUCUGUGGCUCUUCAGUUUAAACUUGUGCUGAUGGGCCAGGUUGUCCAGAAAAACUUGACCAUAGAGGGCCACUUGGAAUAGUGUUCCCAGAUUCCUUUCUCGCCACAAUGCUUUGCUUUCAGAGCAUCUGUAUGACUUGUUCUGCCUUCAAUCAGCUGUGUUUUCUACAUAGCGCUGUCAGAUACUGAAUACUCUGGGGAAGCCGAGGGGAUAGAGGAGCCCUUUUGUAGGAGCCUUCAUGGUCAUUGCUGCUGAACAUGAUCUUAAUGGGUUGUUUCUUCAACCAGCCUUUCCCAUAUUUUUUGCACACAUUUUCAUAAUGAUGGUAUUUGAGAUCUGCUGUUCUUUUCCCUUCAAUCAUGCAUUUGCACUUGUGAAAGACUGCAGUAGAACUCUAAUGUGAGGUAAAUGGUGACCAACUUUAGUAUCUGUCUUGCCUUCCUGACUCCUCCAUUCUUUCUUCCACUGAGGCCAGAGUGAUUAUUUGUGCUUUCCUCCUUCUGAGCUCUUGAUAGUUCCCUGGGAUAAUCUGGUUCCUGGUCUUGCACAACUGUAGUCUUCUUCUCCGCUUUCCUCAAUCAUUUGUGCAUUUGUAAAGUUGCCAUAUUACAUCACAGUUCUGUUUUCUCCACAUGAUUUUUGUUGUUGUUAGUGCUGGCUGGGUUUACAGCAACACGGUGGCCAUAUUAGACUUGUCUAUUCUUCAAAGCUCCCUUCUCUUACCUCCCCACAAAAAGCCAGUACUUCAUUUUAGCAAGAGGAGGUAGAGAUGGCAGAAGAAGGGGAUGUCAGCAGUGGGAUUUGGCAGCCAUCUUAGAAGAACUACAUUUAGGACCUGUAGCACUCGAGACGUGGUAGCUGUAUUGGGCGAACUGACUUCAUAUAUUGAGACAAACUAGAUACGUUUUGCUGGAAUUUUUCCUCAUCUAAAUGGGCACACAUGCACAUAUUAAAAUAAUUGCUUGCUUCUGUGGAAUGUCCCAUGUGGUCUCCUGAGGACAGGGAUCAGUGUUAUCUUGACAGGCCCUCUCCUGUCUUCACAGUGCCACACCCUUACAACCCCCAAUUGCGUGUCAUUUGUAUGUAGAUUUUACAAAAAUUAAGAUUUGGUGCAAAAAGAGUCUCCUCUCUCAACAGAGUGGGAGUUGCUACAAUAAAGACAACUAUGUAACCAUCUGAUUGUGCGUGUUUUAAUUUGGCUGGCUUUACAUAAGGAUCUUGAGGAAUAGCCAGGAUAUGUGUGUGUGGGCUGGGGGGUGCCCAGCUACAGUUCCCAGCUCAGAAUUUAACUGCAAUCUGAAAUUGUCAAGACAGACAAUAUGGUCAAGUGGGGGCAUUCACGGUACUAUAUAAGUGUAGAGAGAUUUGGUCCUGCAUGCUAACCCUCAUGCAUGCCAUGGGGAGCCUUGAUCAAACAACACACUCUGAGUAAUCCAUUUGAAUACAUUGAACAUUCUUUGAAUAUGUUGGCCUCUUCAGUUUAGAUGACAUAAAUGGGGGUGGUGAGGGAGUGGUCCUGGCCUGUACCACUUAUAAUCUAGGUGGGUGAUGGUAUUGUUGAGUACAUCUCCAUAUUUUUUCCCUCAACUCCCUUCAUAGAAAAACAACAACCUAGAGAUCAGGAAGAAGAAUUAUAGCUUAUCAUUCUCCCCUGCUGUUUUAGUUUUGUAGAUGCAGAUACUUUUUUUUUCAGCCAACCAUAUGUAUUUUUCUUCCUCAUCUGCCCUUAAGUGGUAUAGUCUAGGGAUAGUUUCACCAUAUCUCUGACAAUUUGUGCAAACUAGUUUUCUCUGUCCCAAAAGGAGUUGAGUUGGGAGACCAAG